CGAUGAAGAAGUUUAUUCACUUUUUCAUCGUGGAAGACCGAAUGUAGGGAACCUCGCUGGCCAGGCAGGUCCCUAUCAUCAGGCUAACGUCAACACGCCUUCAACGUCAACCUUCAACCAGGUGGCCCCCACUACAGCACCGACUUAUAAUUUUCGCCCCUCAACGCGAUCGGGCCGAGGACACAGAAGGUUUCAGGCACAAUUGAGCUGUCCUGUGGCUCAGUCUUUUACCAAAGAGGUAAUUCUCUUGCCACACCAUAAAUCAACAAAUGUACCAAGGCGGGCCAGCAAAGCUUGGCUUUUUGAAAAGGGACAUAUUAAAUCUGCCCUGGAAUUUCGCUGUGACUGGGAUUCCGGAAGAGUGUUGCAGGCAAUAACGGUGGCCUUCCAGCCAAUUCUGGAGGGCUGCAGGUUACAAAUCCUGAUGCCUUGUCACAACAAACUAGUCGAGCCAUCCCUAACCUCCAAUCAAAAGUUGAGUGGAGGCCUUUUGAAAAAACUCUUCCAUCAAAAGUCCAUUUACGUCAGGCCUGACAAGGUCAUUUUGAGUGAAGAAAACCAAUCUCCAUCUUCUGGGGAAGACAGCCAUGCAGAGAGCCUUGAUUUUGCUCAAAUGUCAGACAGUGACAAAUGUGUCAUUGGUAGUGUAGGUGACAUUUCCAAAGAAGUUGUCUCAGCUAUCUCCACUGUUGAGGCCCAGUCCCUCUUCAGAAAUAACCCUUCCAUCUCCAGUGGUGAUCAAGUUAUCUGGUGUGUUGCUACCGAAGAUAUUUGCACCGAUGCACCUUCCAUCUCAGCUGACACCGCCACCAUGUCCACUAGUCCUCCUGUCAUCACUAUUGAUGAGACCCUCAUCCUGUCCAGUGGAACCUCUGCAAUCUCCAGUGGCAACACCUCUGGUGUGUCCCAUGGUCCCCAACCAUCUGGCAAUAUUUCAUCCAGCACAUCCUACAGUACAUACCUGGACCUAUUUGAGGAAGAAUAUCUCUCUGAUGACCAUGAUCUCCAGGAAGCCAUUUCAAGGUCUUUAGAUUCCAGUGCAAGUGAGAGUGAUUUAAAGGUGACGUUGGAGAGAAUAAUGGAGCAGAUUGCUUCUCGAGUAAAUAAUGACAGCACUGUACGCUUCAAUAUUGUCAGAAGAAAUGUGUGGGAUGGAGCAUCCAGAGCCAUGGGCAGAUCCAAUUUUUCACCCGAGAAGAAGGUAGACGUUAAGUUCACUGAUGACUAUGGGAUAUCUGAGGGUGCUGUGGACAAUGGAGGUCCUACUCGUGAGUUUUUCCGACUCUGUCUACACGAAAUCAAGGACAAGAUUGGCAUCUUUGAGGGUCCACUUAAUGCUAAAGUCCUUACAUGCAACUCCAAAGCAAUGAAAGACAAUGGAUACUUUUAUGCUGGUCAGAUCAUGGCAAUGUCAAUCGCCCAUGGGGGGCAGAGUCCGUGUUUCCUUUCUGAACUCUUGUACGAGUGUCUUAUAAAGGGUCCAGACAACGUGAAGGUCAAAACUGAACAUAUUACUGAUGAAGAAACAAGGUCACAGGUGCAGUCGAUCUUACGGGCUGAGACUGAAUCACAACUGCAAGAGGCAGUUGCACAGGCAGCCAGCUUAAUCAGUCUUGCUGGUCACAAUGUUCGCAUAACACUGGAAAACAAAAAGACACUGCUUUGGACUUGGCACACUGGUGUCCUAGAUGCUCUCCAGAGAUACCCUCUACAAACAAAGUGCCUUUUUGUGAAGGCUGAAAAGGGUUUAACAGCAACUGAUGUGGAGAAUCUCUUUGAGAUCAUUUACUCCGAAAGAGGGAGUAAUGCAUUUCGAGAAGAGUGCCGGAUCCUGGCUUUCUGGCAAGACUAUCUUCAGGAUGCUGAAAGUAAGGUGAAUCCUUAA